UCCCCAGCAGCUACAAGCCAUGGAUGUGUGAGCACCCUCCAGGCUGUCCUCCUGGUGGGUUUCUCUGCUGACCUGGUGGAAAAGCUCUGACUGGAACUGAGCUCUGGAAAAACGAAGUGGAGCUUGGAGCAUGUGGCCUGAGGAUUGCCUUACAAAGCCAGGGGUGGUAGCUAAGAAGUGAGCACUAUGCCCCCAGGCAUUUACUGCCCUAUGGAAUUCUGGUCCAAGGGGGAAAACCAAAACAUCCAAGUGGACUUUCUGCUGCCCACAGGCAUCUACUUAAACCUCUCAGUGUCCUGCAAUGCCAGCUUGGGCACUAUCAAACAGGUGGUGUGGAAGCAUGCUCAGUAUGAGCCUCUCUACCACAUGCUCAGUGACCCCGAGGCUUAUGUCUUCACCUGCAUCAACCAGACAGCAGAACAGCAGGAGCUGGAGGACGAGCAGCGGCGGCUCUGUGACAUCCAGCCCUUCCUGCCAGUGCUCAGGCUCGUGGCUCGAGAAGGUGACAGAGCCAAGAAGGUUAUCAACUCCCAGAUCAGCCUGCUCAUUGGGAAAGGUCUGCAUGAGUUUGACUCUGUGCAGGAUCCAGAGGUGAACGAUUUCCGCACCAAAAUGUGCCAGUUCUGUGAGGAGAGAGCAGCAAAGAGGCAGCAGCUCAGCUGGUCAGCUUGGAUGGAGUACAACUUCCCCUUGCAGCUGGAGCCCAUGGCCAAACGCCUUGGCACUGGUCCUCUGCAUAACCCCACCAAGAACAUUUUUGUCAAUGUCAAGUUUCAGUCUGGCGGGGAGAGCUUCACCUUCCAGAUCUCCCCCAAGGAGUUCCCCAUCACAUUAAUGAGCUAUGCUAUCAAGAAGCAGGCUACUGUCUUUCGCCAUGAGACAGUGGAGAGCCCAGAGGACUACACCCUGCAGGUGAAUGGGAAAUGGGAAUAUCUCUAUGGAAACUACCCUCUGUACCAGUUCCAGUACAUUCGCAGCUGCCUGCACCGAGGCCUCACCCCACACCUCACCAUGGUGCACUCCUCCACCAUCAUUGCCAUGAGGGAUGAGCAAAACAACUGCAUUGCCAGCCCCCCAAAGAUGGCUCACAAGCCUCCCCCACUCCCCAAGAAAAAGCCCAACUAUGGUUCUCUCUGGUCCUUGGAGCAGCCUUUCUACAUCGAGCUGGUGCAAGGCAGCAAGGUCAAUGCAGAUGAGAGAAUGAAGCUGGUGGUGCAAGCAGGGCUCUUCCAUGGCAACGAGAUGCUGUGCAAGACAGUGUCAAGCUCUGAGGUGAACGUAUGCUCAGAGCCAGUGUGGAAGCAGAGGAUGGAUUUUGAUAUCAACAUCUGUGACCUGCCCCGCAUGGCCCGGCUCUGCUUCGCCCUCUAUGCUGUCAUUGAGAAGGCAAAGAAGGCACGUUCCACCAAAAAGAAGUCCAAGAAAGCUGACUGCCCCAUUGCCUGGGUGAAUGUCAUGCUCUUUGACUACAAGGACCAGCUGAAAACAGGGGAGUGCUGCUUGCACAUGUGGUCAUCCUUUCCAGAUGAGAAAGGGGAACUUCUGAACCCCAUGGGCACAGUGCAGUGCAACCCCAACACAGAAAGUGCAGCAGCUUUGGUCAUCUGCUUCCCCAGUGUGGCAUCACAUCCUGUCUAUUACCCAUCUUUUGAGCAGCUGCUGGAGUUGGGGAGGAAUGGAGAACAACCCCGUGCUGCAGCAGAAGAUCCUGAGGAGAAGCUGCAGCUGAAGGAGAUCCUGGAGAGGAGGAGCCACACUGAGCUCUAUGAGCAUGAGAAAGACCUGGUGUGGAAGAUGAGAUAUGAUAUCCGUGACCAGUACCCACAAGCUUUAGCAAAGCUGCUUAUCAUCACCAAAUGGAACAGGCAUGAAGAUGUUGCCCAGAUGAUUUCCCUGCUUCAGACCUGGCCAGAGCUGCCUGUCCUGAAUGCCUUGGAACUGCUGGAUUUCAGCUUUCCUGACAGAUAUGUUGGUUCCUUUGCUAUCAACUCACUGAAGAAGCUAACAGACCACGAAUUGUUCCAAUACCUGCUACAGCUCGUCCAGGUGCUUAAGUAUGAAUCCUACUUAGACUGUGAAUUAACCAAAUUCCUGCUGGACAGGGCCUUAUCCAACCGCAAGAUUGGCCACUUCCUUUUCUGGCACCUGAGGUCAGAGAUGCACGUUCCUGCAGUUGCCUUGAGGUUUGGCCUGAUCCUGGAAGCAUAUUGCAGAGGCAGCACCCACCACAUGAAAGUUCUGAUGAAACAGGGAGAAGCACUCAACAAGAUGAAAGCUCUCAACGACUUUGUUAAAGUGAGUUCCCAAAAGGCCACCAAGCCUCAGACCAAGGAGAUGAUGCACGUGUGCAUGAAGCAGGAAACUUAUCUGGAAGCACUUUCCCACCUCCAGUCCCCCCUGAACCCCAACAUCAUCCUGGCUGAAGUUUGUGUGGAUCAGUGCACCUUCAUGGACUCCAAAAUGAAACCUUUGUGGAUUGUGUUUAAUAAUGAAGAGACAGGUGGAGGUGGAGUGGGCAUUAUAUUUAAAAAUGGAGAUGAUCUCCGUCAGGACAUGCUGACCCUGCAGAUGAUCCAGUUGAUGGAUAUCCUGUGGAAGCAGGAGGGCCUGGACUUGAGGAUGACCCCUUAUGGCUGCCUCUCCACAGGAGACAAGACUGGACUGAUAGAGGUGGUCAUGCACUCAGACACCAUUGCCAACAUCCAGCUGAACAAGAGCAACAUGGUGGCCACUGCAGCCUUCAACAAGGAUGCUCUGCUCAACUGGCUAAAGUCCAAGAACCCAGGUGAUGCAUUGGAACAAGCUAUUGAGGAGUUCACUCUCUCCUGUGCUGGGUACUGUGUGGCAACCUACGUGCUGGGGAUUGGUGACAGGCACAGUGACAACAUCAUGAUCCGGGAAACUGGGCAGCUGUUCCAUAUUGAUUUUGGUCACUUCUUGGGGAACUUCAAGACCAAAUUUGGUAUCAAUAGAGAACGAGUUCCUUUCAUCUUAACCUAUGACUUUGUGCAUGUCAUUCAGCAGGGCAAAACUAACAACAAUGAGAAGUUUGAAAGAUUCAGGGGUUAUUGUGAAAAAGCCUACAUGAUCCUGAGGCGCCAUGGUCUCCUCUUCCUGCACUUGUUUGCACUGAUGAAAGCUGCUGGCCUGCCAGAACUCAGCUGCUCUAAAGACAUUCAGUAUUUAAAGGAUUCCCUGGCUCUUGGGAAAACAGAUGAGGAGGCACUGAAGCACUUCAGGCUCAAGUUUAAUGAAGCUCUGCGAGAGAGCUGGAAAACCAAAGUGAACUGGCUGGCACACAACGUGUCCAAGGAUAACAGACAGUAGAGCAACAGCAGCAGCAUCCUGCACACAAGCUCCAGGAGAAUGUCACACCUGCACUGAGUCCAGCAUUUGGUUUUUAAAGACUGCUGAAUGUCACCAUGCUGAAGAGCCAGAGAGCAGACAUUGCUGCAUGGCUGAGAAAUUGUUGGACUAUCCUCAGCUGCAUAAUGUUUGGGGGCCAAGGGAGAGACAUGAGGCAAUAAAAUUACUGCAUCCAGUGGAAGGUAGGUAGAUGGACUGUUUUCUUAAGAUCUUGUUCAGCUCCAAAUACAUCUUCUAAGGGAAGAGUUCAGUUGUAACAUCCUCCCAGUGUCUUACUGUGACUGUUUCCAUUUUCUUGGAAAUUUAGCUGAACACUGAGAAUCUGCUAUCCCUGUAGCUCUUGUACUAUAGCCCAUCUUCCAGGUCCUCACUAUUACAGCUCAGAGUCAUUAACUCCACCUUGUGUUCACUCCUCCUCCCCUGUUUCACUGUACUCCAAGGUAGGUCACCUUCAGUCACCACUGGAGUUGGUUUAGACAAAUUGUUUUACUCUGCAUUUUGACAGGAUAAAAAUACCCAUGCUGGCACAUUAUUUUGUCUCUGCUACAGAGGCCAAAGUGUUCUGAAACUGAACCAGAACCCAUCUAUCAGUGUCAAAAACCUGAUGCCACAAGAACAAGCUCAGCCUGGCCAGUGGGUUAGGUAUUUUUCUUUGCUUUCCUAAGGCAGAUUUCAGCUGAGCCUCAAGCAAUUCCUGGGUUCCUCUGUUGAUUCUGUCUGUAAGCCUGAAAACAGUAAGAUUGUAUUUUCAAUGUGUAAUGAUGGUGGCUACAGGUACCUCCUGACCUACACCUGCACCAUCCCUGGGACACAGCACUGCAAUUCCAGUGCCAGCUGGGACAGAUGUUGGCAUCUGUGCCCAAGGUGUUCAGCCAGCCUGGCUGCCUGGGUAAGGAGGGAGGAGUGGGUUUAACACUGAAACACUUACAGGAAGCUGCAUCUCAGCUCAUCACAAAUUUGUUCCCUGUUCCUUUCCACACUCUUCCUCCUCUCCACCAUGGUAUGUGACUCCUUGUCUGUUAUUAGAGCUGGUGUGCACUGGUGUGCACUGGGGGGGUCAGCCAAAGAGCCAGCUGUGCUGAUAAGUGCUGGUCCCUCAGCCAGGCAGCCUCUCCUGAGCCUCCUCCUCUCCUCACUGCUGCCUCUCUCAUCUUCCCAAGCAGGAUCUCUCCCAGCUCCCACCAGGUGCUGGAAUCCAUCACCUAUUUCUGCUCACAUGCCCUGGUUUAGUCUCCAGCCACUGUCCUCACCUGGUGACAGUCCUGAGUGCUGCUGUGGCAGAGGGACAGAUGAACAGGAGCCACUGCUCAGAGCAUCAGGCAGGCUGCAGCUCUGGGUGAUACAGGUGGAGCAGCAGGGUUUUAGUACCUGCUCCCUUCAGCAGGUCCCUCAGGUGCUUUCUUCCAUUUCCCCAUGGGCUCCACAACUUCAGGUUCCUCUCCAGGUGCUAGAUCAUUCCUGCCCUUUAAAGAACAGCAUAGUUUAAUUUUCAAGACCCCCCCAGAAGCUGAAUCCUGUACUUGAUUUGUGUGCCCUUAAUGAGGUUGAGCAAUUUUCUUUUGCUCACAGAAUUGGUUUUGGCUUUUUUUUAAGCUCUUUUUCUUAUUCAUGUACAUUUUAAAAAUCCAGACAUUUGCUAGCCUUGUUUCUCAAGUCACAAGAGCUGCAGCUUUGUCACAUGAUGGACAACUCUCAUGUCUGGUUUAAAAUUCCUACAAAACCAGCAAGUUUAGAACAGAGACUGAUCUGCCCUGUUCAUUCUAAGUCUUCCCUGUCAUGGGAUAAAUUUAUUUUGAUAGUGGUUUUGCAUCCAGCACACAUAGGUACAAAUGAUUUCUGAAUUUCAGCUUUUUUUAAUACUUUAAAACUAAAAGAAUGCUGCCCUAGACUGGCUGUUCAAGUCCCUCUGUUUGGGUGGACUUAAUAUAUUUGGUGUUCUAAUGUAUUUGUUCUUCAUCAGCUGUAUAGCUAAGUUAAUGCCUUAACAGAAGUAACUUUACCCUAAGUAGAAAUGAGUAUGAGGAAUUAUUUCUAGGUUUGGGCAGUGAAUGGAACAUGAAACCCCUUUAACACACUUUCCCUCAUUACCUCUUCAUACAAACAGAUGGUAGCAGAGUCAGAUUUAGUGUUAUACUGUUGCUAAUUUAAAUUCUAAUUUCAAGUACUUUUUUCAUAAAAGAUAUUAUGCUAUGAAGUCUGUUCUGUAUGGUACUGUAAACCAGGUUGCCCAUUGCAGAGCACCAGUUACUAGAAGCAGCUGAUAAAACUCAUUUUAACUUAAGUAAUCCUUUCAGAUCCUUUUUUCUAGUGCUACUGUAUGUGGUGAGCAGAAUAUCUGAAGGCAGAAUGGCAUCUCCCCUUCCAAGUGAGCCAAGUUACUUAUUAACACAUUCCUCUGUAACAGUUCUUCAGCAUAUUGUUUAAAAAUCAGUAAUACUGAGCAUAAAUCUACAGCAAGCACCUGGUUUUGCUGGACUUCCUCCACUGCAGACCAUCCCUAGUUAGCAGGAACUGAAAACUGGCCCUGUACCUGCCCAGAGCCCAGUUUGACCACGACACCAGAACCAGCAGUGGGGAAGGGGCACAAACCUGCAGGAAACCAACCCCAGCCCUGCCUGGAGCCAGAGCUCUCACCUGCUGCUGCUUCUGGAGGUCAGACUGAAAGAAAUUUCUUGUAGUCUCUGAGUCUUGUCCUCUGGGAAAGAUGAGCUCUCUGCAAUAUACAGGAAAUUACUUCCCCUGCUGUGGUUCUCCCAAGUUUAGGAUAUUAUUCCUGGAUUUCUGGAACCCAAACAGCAGGUCAUGGGCUCAGCCUUCAAAUUAAGUCUUAUAACACUGGAUCAAUAUUUGCAAUGAGAAGUACAGCAUUAGGAAAUGGAACUUUCAAAUUAUGGAACUCAACAAAUUAUGAGAGAAAACCAAAGUUAUUAUUUUAGCUGUUUUAAAUAUUAUAAUUUUCUGUGCCAGAUUACAUAACCUCUGCUUCACAGGCUCUGAGGGUGCUGGUACUUGGUUUGCAGGUCCCUGUGUGCAGCAGUUCCUACCUUCAGUUGAUGUUUUGGCAGUUUUACCACAAAACUCGGGUGCUAAUAAGAGCUUUACAAAGGUACAAAGCAGCAGUGGCUCAUGUCAUCUGUCCUUCAGUUUUAGAAGUGCAAUAACCCCAAGCUGUACCUGCAUAAAAUGUAAGAACUCAGCAAAGGUGUUUCUGAAGCCAGCAGACUUUUACAGUGAGGUUGCUUAGCCUAGAAAAUUGACUUACCUGCAAGUAAAAAUGUCCAUGAGCCAUUGAGUGGAUCUUCUUCCUUGUGCCCUGCUGGAGCAGCACCCUGAAUGAAACUGGUGGCUAAACUGGGGAAGCAAAGAGCCCUUGACUCCAAAUUUACAAAGCAGCAGCUCACCUGAUAGUUGUCAGCAAGCUGAAUGGUUGAAAAAUCACUUUCAAAAAUGGUACAUUUUGCUCCAAGUAGCUUCUGGCUUUCCAAAUAUGCUCGUGAUAUCCCUUUCUAGUUCUAUUUAUUUCGAGAUGUUUCUGUGAUUAUUUUUUUUACCUCUGUACAAACUGAUUGUGCUUAUUCUGUUGCCUUUGGAAAAAGAAGUAUUUUUUUAAGCCAAACUGUGGUUCUGUAAGAAGAGAAUGUUUACAUGUUUAACUUCAGUUGCUUUAGGUACAUGUUUUGUAAGUCAAAAAACAAUAAAAAAGACUGAGAAACUG